CAGUGAAACAGUAGACGUCCCCUUAUGCAUUUUUAACAGCUCAGCAGGUGAUGGGAACAGUUUGGUUGGGACAGUUUGUCCACAGAUAGAGUGACCAAGUGAUCAGCUGUGACUGACAUCCCACGUCAUUUGCUUUGGGGAAAAACUCCUCUCUUAUGAACUACCAGCAAGUUCUGCUCACCUUUGACUCUGGAUGUGAAAGAACUGAGAUGCAAACUGCCUGACUUAUAUUUCCUUUGCAAGCCGAAAGUCUCACUGUCUCUGAAGAAGUGAUAGACACUUCUGAGGUGUACCAGUAAAAUAGGAUGCCCGGAGCCAGUGGCGUCAACGUUGAGGGCUCUUGCGAGGCCUUGUGUCGAACCCUGGUCUCCCAGAAAGGUCUCCAGAGAGAGACGGCCGACAUCUCCCAGUCUGUCCUUUACACCUCACUGAUGGGCCUUCUUCUGGUCGCCGACAACGAGAAAGAGCAGCUCACCAUAGGAAGUGGAAGGGUCGGACUUAGAAACAUAGGAAACACAUGUUUCCUCAACGCAGUCGUCCAAUGUUUGUCUCACACACGUGGCCUGCGGGACUACAGCCUCCUCAAUUCCUACAGGGACGAGCAAUUCUCAAAAGAGGAGGCUAAGCUCAUGACAGCUUUCUCUCAGGUGCUGUCAGGCCUUUGGGAUGUAAAUGAAGGGGACACGGUUGUAAAUCCACGACAGUUUUACAAUAUUUUUAAAGACGCUGUGCCUUACUUCAGUGGUUACAGUCAACAGGAUGCACAGGAGUUCCUCAGGUUCUUGUUGGACAAGCUGCACACAGAAAUCAAUCGCAGACCCUACGUUCGACGAACAGGGAAGGAGCCUGAACAAAAAUAUGCCAGAUUUAGGAUUUCUGAAGAGGCAGCUGCCAUGUGGAAGAAGCACUUGGAGAGAGAUGACAGCAAAAUAGUGGACCUGUUCUCAGGCCAGCUGAGGAGCUCGCUGCAUUGCUCGGUAUGCUCCCACUACUCCAACACAUUUGAUGUGUUCUGUGAUUUGUCGUUGCCCAUCCCCAAGAGAAGCUCGGGUGGGGAGGUCACGCUGAGGGAGUGCCUGGACCUCUUCUCUCAGGAGGAGAAACUGGACAAGGAGAAUUCUCCUAUGUGUGAGAGGUGUAACAGGCAUACAGAAUGCACCAAGCGGCUUUCCAUCCAGAGGUUUCCCCAAGUUAUUGUGAUCCAUCUGAACCGUUUUACGACAUCACGGUGGUCGAUCAGUAAAAGCACAGUGUAUGUGUCCUUCCCUCUGACUAACCUGGACCUUGGACGCUACGGGCCUGUCGACUGUGGCCCAGUUCUGUAUAAUUUAUAUGCAAUAUGUAACCACGCUGGGACAGUGAACAUGGGCCACUACACAGCCUGCUGUCUGGAUGAAAAUGGUUGGUGCUUCUACAAUGACUGCAGUGUGACUCAAGUCUCUGAAAACCAGCUUCAGACCAAUCAAGCCUAUGUGCUGUUCUACCAGCGCAGCAACAGCACCACCACCGUCAGGAAAUAGACCUGAGACUGGCUGGGCCAAGCAGCCAAUCAGAGCAACUUUACCUCCAGUGUCCAUAGAAACAAAUAGAAGCAGCAGCGCUGUAACUCUGGCGUCUAUGAACAGCUCAAUGUGCAUGCCCUCAAAUAAACUCUGAGGAGGAGGAGAGAGAAGCCAUGCACACUUAAAUGAGGACUUGAAGAGGCGGCCUCCCCUCCUGAAUCAUGGAGAUGCUUUUGAAGAGUCUCGGUGAGAGACAGUUCAGACAGACUGCAGCCUUAAGAGUCUCUGUGCCCUACUUCUCAGGCAGGAGUGAGUGGUGUGCUUGCACAUGAUGCAGAGCUCUUAAUGUAAGAUAAUUGUCAUGCAUGCAUGCGAUGCAUAAAACCUAAAUAAACAAAGAUAAGUCUUGGGUGGAAUAGAAAUUAGGCAAUAUUUGAUGACCUGAUUGUGACAUAGGACUUUAAGCUGCAAUACUUUAAUUUUACAUGCAGCCUAUGUUAUAUCUAUGCUGUAUUUUUAUUUUAACUCCCCUACAUAUAGACAGAUAAAAGGACACUUCAUCCCAAAAUAAAUAAUACAUAUUUUUCCUCCUACCUGUAGUGCUAUUUAUCGGUCCAGAUUAUUUUGAUGUGAGUUGCCCAGUUUUGAAUACAUGUUUGUCUUCUCUUGAAUAUUAUGGGACCAUAGGGCACUUCACUUGUGGUGCUCAAAGUGCUAAAAAUUACCAGAAUCUAGAAAUCAUGACACUGUUACUGAAGAAUCCACAGACCUUAUUUUGAGUGAUUUUAUUGAAGAGUUUUAGUAGAAACUAAACAGCUCCUACAUGAAACUGUUUACAACAAGCUCUGUGGUUUUUGGCACUUUGAGCACCACAAGCGAAGUGUCAUAUAGAGAGAAGGCAGACAUCUCUACGCCUACACACUAUAGUGAUCCAGGAAGAUAUAUAUAGCACUAUAGGUAUAGAAAAUAAUAUAUAUAUAUAUUUAUUUUGGCAUUAACUGUCCCUUU